GAGCCCGCACUACCGCCAGGAGUAUCGCCACCAUCAAGACCGGCAUCAUCGAGCCUACCACGCAUCCCCAUUUCCCUCCUCCUCUUCCUCUGCCUCUAGUCAUGCUGCUGGUGCCGCCCAUGCAGCUCCCCCUGCCUCUGCCGCUUCCCCUCCUCCCCCGUCGUCGUUCGCUCCUUCUGCUGCGCCUGUGA